UUUUGACGUUUGUCUUUGAAUUGAAAUGUUUACAAAUGGCCAAGCCAAGGGUCGUUCAUGUUAUUUUAUUUUGCUAAAAACGUUCAAACUCAAGUAACAAAUGAAAAUGGCAAAUAAUUUAGACUUCAACAAAAUAUGUCGAACAUGUUUAUCAGAUGCAGGCCCAAUGUCUAAUAUAUUCACAGUGUGUAGCCCAGAUAUGUUCCAAUAUUGCACUUCUGUGGAGAUUUCUGUUGAAGAUUUGUUACCAAAUCAAGUAUGUCAGGCCUGCUUGAGUUUACUCAAUAGUUUUUACAGUUUCAAGCAAGAGGUUGUAAGAUGUGAUACUAUUCUAAAACAGUCAAUGGAAGAACACAUAAAAGUUGAAACUAGAGUUAACGAGAUAGUGGAUUUCGAUAAUGUGGCUGCUUUCACUGAUAUAGCAUCAUCAUUAGAGGACGAAUCAGACAAUAGGAAUAUAGAAUACCAAGUGGAAGAACAGGAGACAAUAAAGUGGGACAGGAAAUGCAGAAGUCGUACAAUACACACUUCACAACAAUCAAAAAAGAAGUCUAGAAUGAAAUGUGCAAAAUGUGAGAAAAGUUUCCAGAAAUAUGAAAAUUUUGAAGCUCACAUGAGAAGUCAUUUCGGCAAAAAGCCAGACAUAAAAUGCGAGCACUGUGAAAAGUCAUUCCCAACCCUUCGCAGUUUGACAAGCCACGUGAGGACUCACACAGGCGUGCGCAAGUACCAGUGUCUCACAUGUGGCAAGAACUUCGCGUACCUCAACGUGCUGAAGAACCAUGAAAUGAUACACGCCGGAAUCAAGAAACACGCUUGUCAUAUUUGUGACGCUAAGUUUGUACAGCUGUAUAAUCUGAAGUCACAUUUAACAACCCAUACUAAAUCCAAGAACUACGAAUGCGGACAGUGCGGCAAGCGUUUCUCUCAAUCCGGCAACCUGAAGACACAUCUCAUACGACAUACCGGCAUUAAGAAUAUCGCAUGCACCAUUUGUGAUAUGAGGUUCUUUAUCAAGGGUGACAUGUAUAAACACAUGGCGACGCACUCGUCAGACAAACCUUUCUCUUGCGAUAUUUGCGAUAAGACGUACAAGAGUAAAAACUUCCAAAUCAUACACAUGAGAACACAUACAGGAGAACGUCCAUACGCAUGCGAUAUGUGCCCGAAGAAGUUUAUGGCGCGAAAAGACAUGCGGAACCACCGCAUGAUACACACAGGAGAGAAACCCCACAAAUGUCAGUUGUGCGACCAGGCUUUCAUUCAAAAAUGCGCCCUCAACAGGCAUCUGAAAGGCCACGGUAGACUGGAUACCACCGAAGGUAUAAAUAAUAUGGAAGUCGCAAAUAUCACGCCUAUAGCAGUUUCCUAUGCGACGUGGAACGGUGCGUGAAAUUUGUUGUCAAUAAAAAUAAAGUCUAGUCUGUA